CUCCCAAACAUGUUGAUGAAGAUGCUGACCCGACCGGCGCUGUCCGUGGCGCGCAAGGAGCUGUCCCCGGCGUCGGUGGCGCUGUUCAGCUCUGCGCGUGACCAGAACCCGAACGUUUUCUUCGACAUCUCGAUCGGCGGCCAGCCCAGCGGUCGUCUGGUCUUCGAGCUGCGCGCGGAUGUGGUGCCCAAGACGGCUGAGAACUUCCGUCAGCUGUGCACUGGCGAGGCGGGUGUGGGCACGUCUGGCAAGCCGCUGCACUACAAGGGAAGCAAGUUCCACCGCAUUAUUCCCAACUUCAUGUGCCAGGGCGGCGACUUCACGCGCGGUAACGGCACGGGCGGCGAGUCCAUUUACGGCGAGAAGUUCGCGGAUGAGAAGUUCUCACUCAAGCACGAGGGCGCGGGUGUGCUUUCCAUGGCCAAUGCCGGUCCCAACACUAACGGCUCGCAGUUCUUCCUCACUACUGUGGACUGUCCGUGGCUGGACCAGGCCCACGUGGUGUUCGGACAGGUGACGGAAGGCCACGACGUGCUCAAGGUCAUGGAGGAGCAGGGCAGUCAGUCCGGUGCCACCCGCGCCACCGUCGUCAUUGAGGACUGCGGCGAGCUCAAGAACUAGAUAUAGAGCGCCCAGGACAGUACAAGAGCAGUUUUUUACUUGAAGUUUUAAUUGAGACGCUGCCG